AUCAUUGUUUAAUUAAUUCUUGUUGACCCUUUAUAUAUUUCUUUGCAUCAAAGCUUCUUUAUGCCUCCAAACUCACCCGCACCAUCCAUCAUGUUCCAUCAUUUCCUCCUACACUCCUUCACACUCUUCUCCACCCUUCUCCUCAUAAUAUCACAUUCACACAUUGUUUCAGAAACAACGCAACUCUCACCACCAGCAACCAAAAUAAACAUCACCAACCACAACCUCCGAAGCUUCAACAACGCUGCAAGAGGCACAAAAAUCACAGGUAUUUCACAGUUCAAAAGAUACCUAUCUCGCUUUGGGUACCUUCCAAGAAACCAUCACAACAAUUUUACAGAUGAGUUUGAUGCAGCGUUUGAAUCAGCUCUCAUCAGAUACCAGCAAAAGCUUGGACUCCAAGUUACCGGGAAGCUCGAUUCAAAAACCGUUUCGCAGAUGAUCACACCACGAUGCGGUGUUCCAGACACAACAACAACAAGAACAACACACACUUCACAUUCUCACCUCAACAACAUCACGCAGCACUUCGUGUAUUUCCCAGGGAAACCACGCUGGUCACGUGACAGGCCAAUGAGACUCACCUACGCCUUCUCACGUGAGUACACGAUACACACCUUGACCCACCACGAAAUAAGGCGCGUGUUCAAACGCGCCUUUUCGAGGUGGGCUUUGGUUAUACCGGUUAGUUUCGCGGAAUCCGCGGACUAUGAUUUCGCGGAUAUCAGAAUAGGCUUUUACUCCGGUGACCACGGUGAUGGUGAGCCGUUCGACGGGGUGCUCGGCGUGCUGGCACACUCAUUCUCCCCGGAAAUCGGACGGCUCCACCUCGACGCGGCCGAGACAUGGGCGGUGGAUUUUGCCGCGAUGAAGUCGCUGGUGGCGGUGGAUUUGGAGUCAGUGGCGACGCAUGAGAUUGGGCAUUUGCUGGGAUUGUCACACAGUUCGGUGAAAGAGGCUGUCAUGUAUCCAAGCCUGAGGCCGAGAGAUAAGAGAGCUGAUUUGAACAUUGAUGAUGUAAAAGGAGUGCAAUCACUUUAUGGGUUGAAUCGUAAUUUCAGAUCUCAGUGGGCACUGGAAUCUGUUAUGUCCGUUAAUCAUGGUGUGAAGUUUGGUGGGAAAGCUUUCAUGUUGGUUACAGCUUUGAUUAUUGUUACAAGUUCUAUCAUUCUUAGAUUUCAGUGUUAAUCGGGUAUUUCCACAGCUGAUAACCGACUCAUUCAUCGCCCGACUAGCAACGCACUAAGCAGUAUGAGGCUGGUUAGUGAGUAUAUAUAACUUGAUCCUUUUUAUUCUGGGUUCAUGAUGAUUCUCUGUAGUCUAUAGAGAGCUUCUUCAAAUGAGAAAUUCAAAGAUGAUGUGGGGUCGAGUGUGAGGAGAUCAUACGAAGACCCCUAACAAAGAAUGUUGAAUAGAAUAGUAGUUGAUAUAUGUAUUCUAUCAGAUAGAAAAUGAUUGCUCUUGUUACUGUAAUCUAAUCAUACAGAAAUCAGAAUAUUAAGGAAGUUAUUUCGGAAUUUAUUUACGGCUUAAUUCUCA